AUGUUCAACGACGGACCUGGAUUUUACUUGGCUACAUCGGCCUUGGCGCUAACUUUUGUAAGCUAUUGUCAAAAAUAUUGGCUCAAUCGUGCCCGUCCUCCCCUGCCGCCUGGUCCUACCCCCCUCCCAAUUGUAGGAAAUGUUCUCAGUCUUGAUGCCGCUCGACCUUGGCUGACCUUCAACGCCUGGAGAUCCACAUAUGGCGAUAUCAUAUAUGCUCGUCUGCUCAACAAGCCUGUCAUUGUGAUAAAUUCUGAGGAGAUUGCGAAAGACCUUUUUGAAGGACGGUCCACUGUAUAUUCGGAUAAGCCCCAGUCGAUUGUUUACCAACCCUUCGCAUCGGAUUUCAACACAGGGCUCAUGCCAUAUGGAGACAGGUGGCGCCUGCACCGACGGAUGUUUCAUCAGGCAUUUCGUCAAGCUGAGAUACCUGCUUAUCACGCUUUGCAACUCCGUUCCGCCCACAAAAUGUUGUUUAGUUUUCUACAAGACCCAGGCAAUUAUCCAAGCCAUGUUAAGAUGUUCGGUGCUUCGUUUAUAAUGUCUAUUGUGUAUGAUUACGAAGUGAAAGCCGAGGAUGACACCAUCCUUCAUAUCAUAGAAAAGUAUGUGGAACUGAUAGUUGAAGCGUUGACGCCAGGUGCUACUGUGAUAAUGGAAACAUUCCCUUUCCUUUUGAGGCUACCUAGCUGGUUUCCUGGUGCCACAUUCAAGCGAGCAUCAUUGGAGUGUCUGAAUGCAGGCCAUGAUGUGAAGGAGAUACCCUUUCAACAUGUCAAAGAGAGGAUGUCCACGGGCGACGCGGCCCCGUGCUUUUCAUUACAACUGCAAUCAAGGAGACUGCUGCCAUCGCAUUUGCAGGGGGGGGUUGAAACGACUUCUUCCACGUUGCUUGUGUUCCUUCUUGCUAUGGUACUCCACCCAGAAGCACAAGCCAAAGCGCAUGCGGAGAUUGAUCGAGUCGUUGGCAAAGAUAGACUUCCCUGUUUCGACGAUAGGCCUGCGUUGCCUUACGUGGAGGCUAUUCUGCGUGAAACACUCAGGUGGCACCCUGUGUUUCCGUUUGGCGCUCCGAGCGCAACAACGACUAGUGAUAUCUACAAAGGUUAUUUCAUUCCUAAAGGUUGGUAUUAUAAUGUUCUAGCGAAGGUGGCUAAUGACCCGGAUUAUUAG